AUGGAAAUUGCUGAAUUUGAACGAUUGGAUGAGCUUUCGAAUGGUAAAUUACGGCAUUUAUUGGUGGGUUCACCUAGUGGCUAUUCUUGGACACAAGAGGUGGAAGUGAUUCUGAGUUUUGAGGAAAAAUGGAAGAAAAAACGUGGUAUUCCGAUAGAUCAAAAACUUUUACCAAAAUCAAAACGGAUUUCACAACUAGAAGAUUCGACGAAAUCAACCAAUAACUCAUUAUCUGAUAAACAGGAAGAAUGUAUAUUAAUUGAAAACAAACGGUGA